UCUAACCAUCUUAGGAAACAACAAUUUUGUUUACUAGAAGAUUUUCUUGUGUUGUCGCAAUUACUGGAAUCUGAAUUGCAAGUAAAUGGCCUUUACAAGCUCAUCUCCUCACUUGAAGAGACAACAAAUGGGUCGAGUCGGCUAUUUAUGAGUUGCAUAACGUAAAAUUCGCACUCAAUCCAAAAGAGGCGGAUUUUACCAAUGAAAACCAUCAACCAACCUUAAAGUUGCUUAAACCUGAAUUUUAACGAUAAAUGUGGAUAAGUUGGUUCGAAUUGGAUGGUGGGUCGUGUUACAGUUAUUUUUAUUCACCCCUCCCCUACCCAUUGUUGUUCCUAUCCACCAUUGAUGAUUUGAAAAGUAGAGGUACUCGAUCGUUACCCGGACCAAACUCUAGGCACCAGAACGUGAUUGAACCUUGAAGAAAGUUGACCAAUGACCACCAAACCAGCGUUUCUCGAUCUGCAGGCUCCUUUCUUUGGUUUUUGCUUCGACCAUUUCUUUUACUAGUCUUCUUCACUGUUCCGACGGCGACCAUGUAACCGCUAAGGGGUAGAAAUCGCCGCCACCCACCAACCGUUCUACUUUCUCUCUCUCUCUCUCUCUCUCUCCGCCAAAACCCUGAGAAAGAGAGAGAAAGUUCCCGGAAAUUCCCGACGCCUGAAAUUCUCCGUUGGCGCACAAUGCUCUUGAAGAACCCGAUCAACACAAUCACCAUUGCCCUGAUGCUGCUGGCCGCGUUCCUGAUCCUCUUCUUCUUCGCCGGGUUCCUCGAAUUUCCUCCUCUGGCGUUGACGACGACCUCCCUAUCCGAUUCCGGGUUUCGGGUCGAGCCGACGAAGGCCGACCCGUUCGUCGACUUGUUCACUGCUUACAAGAAGUGGGACUCUCAGGUGGGUUGCGCCCGGUUCAGAGAAGGCCACAAGGAUGCGAUCCACGCCUCCGGCGGUUCUGGGUUUAAUGGCUCGACGGGCUCUCUGCAGCGGGUUGGGGGUGAUUCGGAGUGCGGCGAGCUGAAGAUGGAUCAUGUGAGCGUUUUGGUCAAAGGGUGGACUUGGAUCCCUGAUAAUUUGGACAAUUUGUAUCCGUGCCGAUGUGGGUUGAGCUGUUUGUGGAGUAAAUCGGCUGUUCUUGCUGACAAGCCUGAUGCUUUGUUGUUUGAGACCACUACGCCUCCAUUUCAGAGACGCAAUGGAGAUCCACUUCGUGUCUAUAUGGACCUAGAGCCCGGCAGAAAACGCUCUGGUAUGGAAGAUGUAUUUAUCAGUUAUCAUGCUGAAGAUGAUGUUCAGUCAACUUAUGCCGGUGCCCUGUUUCAUAAUGGUCGAAAUUAUAAUGUGUCUCCAAGGAAGAACAAUGAUACACUUGUAUAUUGGUCUUCCUCACGCUGUCUAGCUCAAAGAAACAAGCGCGCAAAGUCUCUCCUCAGCUUGCUGCCUCACCAUUCCUUUGGCAAGUGCUUGAACAAUGUCGGUGGACUUGACAUGGCCCUUUCAUUAUACCCAGAGUGCGCCAGCGCUACCAGUGAGAAACCGAGAUGGUGGGACCAUCUACAUUGUGCCAUGUCUCACUACAAAUUUGUGCUGGCUAUAGAGAACACAGCCACCGAGAGUUACGUGACGGAAAAGUUGUUCUAUGCUUUAGAUUCUGGAGCGGUCCCAAUCUAUUUUGGGGCGCCGAAUGUGUGGGAUUUCAUUCCUCCUCACUCAAUCAUAGACGGGAGCAAAUUCAGCUCCAUGAACGAACUCGCUUCAUAUGUUAAGGCUCUAGCCAAUGAUGCAGUGGCAUAUGCCGAAUACCAUGCAUGGAGGAGAUGUGGUGUUCUCGGCAACUAUGGGGAAACACGUUCAUUAAGUCUCGACACACUGCCUUGCAGGUUGUGUGAAGAAGUCAGCAGAAGAGGGGGUAGAAAUGCAAAAUCGUAGCAUAAUUUUGGAUACACUUAUGAAGACAAAGAUGGAAUGACUAUUUCCAGGCAUACGAUCUCAGAAGCGAUCAAUUCAACGAUUGCAAAUUGAGUGCAAGCCUAGAAGAUCUGUGAUUUUCCCCCCUUCUUUUUUGCAGUCAUCACUGAUCGUUCUUCAGUAUUCUCUGCUGAUUUACAAUGAUGAGAGGUCACUUGAAAGCUAGUGAGUUUGUGAUUGUAGUAUUUGUAGUAGGUUUCAUAUACUGAAAAGGGAUGUGGAGUGAAAGAUGUACACGUUGCACCAGAAAGAUUUGUUGGAUAGAAACUGAUGUAUACAGAAGAACAGUCAUGUCCGAGGACAAUUUUCAGGUAACUUUUUCUGCUUUUUUUUCCAGGUUACAAGAAGUUUGACGAAAGAGGAUGAACAUGAAGAGCAGAAGUGAAGUGAAGGGGGAAAAGUGCUAAAAGAAAGAAGGUUCAAAUUUUUCUGGCUUACUUUUUGGUCCCUAGGAGGAGGAAGUUUUUUCUUCUGGAUUUUGGAAGUCUUCACCUCUUGAGGCCCUAUUCUUCAAGUAUUCCUUCAAUUGCUCAUCGUUCAUAGCACCCACCAUUGACCAUACCAACCUUGAUUUUUUUUUUUUAUCAAAAUCACAACAGAUGAAGAAAAAAAAGCUACAAAUUCGAAUACGAGACCUCUUACUUAUGUUACGUAGAAGAACAUUUAAAAACUAUAAACGCGACAGUGAAUACCCAUUAUUCGAAGAGUUUGAAUCUCAUUUAGCAACGAUUUCUUUUCAUUGUCCGCAAUAUCCUUCUCUUGCCAUGUAAUGUUGAAACAUGAUUCUUCCUCUCUUCUUCUUCUUCUUUCUCUUAUCCAUAUCUCAAAACAAUACCCUUUUUUUUUGUAAAAAUCAAUAUCAUAUAUUUAUAGAGUUUAGUUCUCAACGAAAACUGUGAAGUGUGAAUAGUUGCAUGAAAGAAGUGUUAAUACGGCAAUUUUACGUUAUAAUGGAAAAGGGAAUAUGAGAUUUGAUCAAGACAUCUGAAAGGAAAGGAAGUAACGAGAGAUUAUUUGAAAAAAUACAUCAAUGCUCAAGUACGUAGUUGCAUCCACAUGCGCCUAACUCGACUACGAAAUUACUGAGUAUUGUAGUAUGAUUAAUUUGUAUAUAUGAUUCUUUUGUGCCUCUUGUAUUAGAGUAUGCAUACAAAUAGUACUAUUAUGUUAUCCUAUGAAGGUUGUUAUAUAAUUUUAUAUAACUUUUCUGAGUUAUAUUUCCUUUCUAGGGUAGGAAAAAGUUAUAUUGCGACCAUGAGUGAAAAGGGAGUUCAAAACAAUUAAAGACUUUAUCCUUAAUAGAAACUAGUUUGGUAUCUGACGGAUUGGUCAGAUGUUAUUUGAAUAUGACGUAUUUACGAUGUACAUUCUAAAGUUUUCAAAAUAUUCGAAAUGUUUAUUUGUAACCGGUAGCUAAAUUGACUGUUUAAAUUGAAUUAAUAAUAAAAAUAUCAAACAACAAAUACAUACUUACAGAAGAGUUAGUGAGCUAGUUAAUCGUAGUGGAAAAGUCAUGUUUUUAAGAUUUUAGGUUUCUGUAUGUUUUGUAGUUUAAAAAGAUACAUGAAAUUCAUUUAGUGUAAUUGGUAAUGAUUCAUGUCUUUGUUUAAAAAAACCAUGGUUCAAAUUUCAGUAUUGAUGUAUUUUUUUCUAUGAAUAAGAAAAAACUGUGAAGACA